AGAAACAGGAAGUUGACUGUCAGUGGGCUGUCUCCUCUAUAAAGCGUCUCUGAUGCUGGCCAUGGACUCCUGCCGCAGUCAGUCAGAUAUGAUUUCAGGAUCUUUUUACGCGGUAUUUGCGGGCUUUUUGGGAGCCUCUGCCUCUCUGUCCGCCAAGCUGUCCCUCGGUGCCGAGCACCUGAGAGGGAUGUGCGUGUCCGGGCUCAGCUGGACUCACAUACCCGGAGAGACUGCAACCUGCGACUGGCUGCUGCUCCCUCUGCGGCUGCUGUGUGCCGGCCUGCUGUUCUCCUGUAACGCUGUCAUGUGGGCCUUCUUCUCCAAGGCUCUCAGACACUGCUCCUCUUCAGCCAGGGCCACGGUCACCACCACUGCGUCCAACUUCAUCUCCUCAGCCUUCCUGGGGAGGCUGAUCUUUGGAGAGAGUCAUGCAGCUCUCUGGUGGGUGGGAAUCUCUCUGACUCUGUGUGGCCUGCUGCUGCUGCAUGGAUCCACGCCUCACACACUCCCACCGAAGGAGGUCAAAAAGCACAGCUGAUGGAGCUGUGAUCCAUGCACACAGACACUGUUCUUCAGUCACAACUACCUGUGACAAGACUCCCUCACUGACUGAAGUCCUGAUGGAAACCCUCAGGACUCAGUGAUCAUUCAUUGUCCAAAUGCAACACAGUGGCACAACAAAAUGCAGUUGUAGUUAAGUCCAUUGUGCUACAAGAAAAACAUUGACAGAACUGAACAAAUGAAGAGUGGAUUCCUGAAGUGCAUUUUUUAAUUUGCAACAGAAAGAAUUUAGAAAGAAAUAUCUCUGGGCAGAGUAUAGUACAUAUGGGCACUUAUUCCAAUCCCUACUCUUCCUUCUCCGAUGUUGAUAAGUGUAUCUCUGUUGUAUGCCAUAUGUGCUCCAGGAAGAAGAAGCAAGAAAAGACAAGCAAUUUAAUCAAAACUAUUACAAAGUGAAUUGGAGCUACAGGUCGCUGCAUCAAGUGUUGCAAUUUUCGUAAUUUCAUGUGGCAAAUGUUAAAGCAGCGGACAGUUGCACAGAGCUGAUGAUUCAUUCAUCAGUCACCAGGUCAGUUAUAACGUGCAUUGAUCUGUUUAUGCAGUUGUUUUGAAUUGUUUUUAAAAGGAAACGUCAUUGCACAGCUUAUUUUGAUGGGGUUUGAGAUCAACUUUCUUACUGAAAUUGGAAUUGAUAAGAUGGCAAGAAAACCAGGAAAGUAGUUUUACAAAUCCCUAGUGUGCCUGUGGGAAAUGAUUCCAAGCACCACAGAGCUCAUUUUCAGGUCAGCUGGUUAAAAACGUGUUAAUUUGCAUUUUUGAACAAUUGAGUACAUCAGAAUCAUGGGGACUUUUGCUGAAUGUGUUAACGAGAUCUUAUCUGUAUUUGUAUUAAAAAAUAACAUGAAUAAAGGAUGCCUGCUAUAUCUACAA